AUGGGCUUGGGCCAUGAGCAAGGAUUUGGUGCCCCCUGCUUAAAGUGCAAGGAUAAGUGUGAAGGAUUUGAGCUUCAUUUCUGGAGAAAAAUAUGCCGCAACUGCAAAUGUGGCCAGGAAGAGCAUGAUGUCCUCACAAGCAAUGAGGAAGAUCGGAAAGUGGGGAAACUCUUUGAAGAUACAAAAUACACAACCCUUAUUGCAAAGCUGAAGAAUGACAGCAUUCCCAUGUAUAAACGCAAUGUAAUGAUACUGACUAAUCCUGUGCCAGCCAAGAAGAACAUAUCCAUCAAUACUGUGACUUAUGAGUGGGCUCCUCCCGUUCAGAAUCAGACACUUGCUAGACAGUAUAUGCAGAUGCUACCAAAGGAGAAGCAGCCUGUCGCUGGCUCGGAAGGCGCACAGUACAGGAAGAAGCAGUUGGCUAAGCAGCUGCCUGCUCACGAUCAGGAUCCUUCAAAAUGCCACGAGCUCUCCCCCAAUGAGGUUAAGCAGAUGGAACAAUUUGUGAAGAAGUACAAAAAUGAGGCGCUCGGCGUAGGAGAUGUCAAGCUCCCUGGUGAAGUGGAAACAAGAGCUACUGACAAGAAUCACUUGAACAGUGGUGACAGAGGCACUUCAGCUGCUGUAGGAGCUAUGGAGAACAAGUCCCCAGAUCGGAAGGCAUCUCAGUAUUCCUGCUAUCGCUGCAAACUGAACAUGAAAGAAGGUGACCCAGCUGUCUACGCAGAACGUGCUGGGUAUGACAAAUUGUGGCACCCAGCUUGUUUUGUCUGUUGCACCUGCAGUGAACUUCUAGUAGAUAUGAUCUAUUUCUGGAAGAAUGGUAACCUGUACUGUGGAAGACAUUAUUGUGAUAGCGAAAAACCCCGCUGUGCUGGAUGUGAUGAGUUGAUAUUCAGCAAUGAAUAUACUCAAGCAGAAGGUCAAAACUGGCACCUGAAACACUUCUGCUGUUUUGACUGUGAUUGUGUUUUGGCUGGGGAAAUCUAUGUAAUGGUGAAUGACAAGCCAGUCUGCAAACCCUGCUAUGUGAAGAACCAUGCUGCAAUCUGCCAAGGCUGUCAUAAUGCUAUAGAUCCAGAAGUUCAGCGUGUGACAUACAACAACUUCAACUGGCAUGCUACACAGGAAUGCUUCUUGUGUUCCUGUUGCAGCAAGUGUCUAAUUGGCCAGAAGUUCAUGCCCGUGGAAGGGAUGGUCUUUUGCUCAGUGGAAUGUAAGAAAAAGAUGAUGUCUUAAGAGGAGACAUGCACAGAACCAAGCAUUGCUGUGUUCCAAAGGCUCUUGCAUUUCUACUGUAAAAUGUAUAGUAUUGGGGCAUUUAAAGUUAUUGGAAGUAUUAAAUAGCAUUUUCCCAAAGAUUUUUUUUUACCAACUAAAACUUGCUAUGUAAUCUUCAUUUCUGAGUCAUAAUAAUACUUUCCUUUUUGGAAUAUUGUUCCUGAGUCUUAUGUCAAAUUACUUUGUAUCCAGAAAUGCAAGAGAAAAUGUGUAAUGAACUAUCUACACUUUAAGGGAGCUGUUCAUUGUGAAGGAUCUUUUUGCUAUAUCUUGUCUAAUGGAAGAAGAAAAUGUGAAAACACUCCAAUUUUUCUUGUUUUGUAUGAUAAAUGUAACUCUUUCACUUUUGGUUUCACUAAUUUAUCAUUUUUAUAGUUUCCCUGCUUUCAUCAAGCACUUUAGACAAAAUGAUCAGCUUUACUGCCACAUACAGUUUUGUUGUCUAGACCUCAAGUCUGCAGGGAGAAUGAAGCUUAAAAAAAAAGUUGCCUGUAACCACUUGCUGCUUGCUGACACAUGGCUUCUGGAGGGAUAGUGAUUACUCUCACAUUCAUUUGUAAAGUAACUCUGCACCAAUAGAAAACUGUAUUGGCUCAUGUUUCUCUUCCUUACAAUUGUUUGUGCCUGGAAAAGUUUUCAUUUUAUGAAUAUUGAAGUUACUUUACAGAUUUUUUGGGGGGAAGUGAAGAAAUUAUAAGAGGAGGUCUUGCCCAGAUUUAAAAAAAAAAAUAAAAUUAAAAAUCCACCAGCAUUAGUGGGUGUCACUUAUCCUUUCAGAACUGGCUUCUGUUUUUUCAUGAAUGUUCUUUUCAUAUGUUGUGCCUUCUAUCAGAGGGGUGUGGCACACAAUACUGUAUGCAUUUCCAGGAAUGUAAUUCUGUAAAAGGAUCACACUUAGGCUUUUGAUUUAUAAGUUCUUAACCAAAGCACAAAGAAGUCUUUCCCGGAAGACUUCCAGUAUUUGAGUGAAAAAAAUCACAGCUGUAUAUUAGCUUUGCAUAGUAGAUAAACCAAAUGUGUUGUUCUCUUUCUUAAGAAUUACAGAUCUACAGUGAAACUUAUUAUCUAUCUUUGUGCCAAACACUGAAUGGAGAGUCUUUGGCCUAAAAAAAAAUAUUU